CGAUGCGCUGCUCGGGUCGAAGGCUGUUGCUCUGGCUUGGGCCAGGGUUCACGUUACUUCUCGUCCUGGUGGGACGUUUGUUGGUCGGUCGUGGGUUUGGUCAACCGAUUCCAGUGAUCGGUAACGACGUCGUCCUAACGCCAAAGGGCCAUUCGAUUCCCCGUCAACGCGCGGAAACCGUAGCGCCGGCGUUCGUGGCGGGCACGUAUAUGGCGGGUCUGCAACCCAGGAACAGUUCUUGCAGAUGGUACCACGGUCUACCGGAUGUUAUAUCGUAUCCGGCGUCCAAAGUCACCUGGAGCCCGGAAAUCGGUGAGAAGAGCCCCUACAGAGUCCUACCGUUUGUAUUAGUUGGAACCGAGGAGAGGAACAAGCUGCCCCAGGUGACACUCUGCACGCACGCAACUGCAGAUCAUGUCUAUGGAAUCGUGGAGUUGGUCAGGAGAUGGGAGGGCCCGUUGAGUCUGGCCGUUUUUACACCUGGCCUCGACGCUGGUACCGCCGUUGCUCUCCUCGAUCGGGCCUGUCGAUGCGAACCCGAAAUGUACAAGGUUUCUGUCCAUUUGGUAUUCCCGACGGCCCGUCCGCCGACUUUGGGCGAAACGAUCAAGACCCACGGCGAUUGUGCCGCGUCCGAUCUCCAAAGGGGAGAAGCAGAAACGGAAAGAAAGCAGAGAGGCAUGACUUAUCCUAUUAACGUGGUCAGAAAUGUGGCCAGAACGCAGGCGAACACCAGCCGUGUUCUAGUAACGGACAUUGAACUUUUGCCCAGCGAAAAACUGGCGUCCGGUUUUAUGGAAAUGGUACGCGGCAGGUCACCGAAAACUGGAGUCGUCUUCGUGGUGCCGGUUUUUGAGAUCGAAGCGAACAAGCAGCCACCCUCGACGAAAAAGCAACUACUUUUGGCAACGAAAGCUGGUGUAGCCGUAUAUUUUCAUAGGUUCCUUUGCUCGCAUUGCCAAAGAUUUCCUGGCCUCACUAGGUGGAUGCUUAGACCAGACCCAGGCAAAGUCAGACCACUUAUUUUUACUAAAAGAGAAUAUCCGCAUCAUAGGUGGGAGCCCAUUUUUAUUGGAACACGCGAUGAUCCAUUGUACACGGAAGAUAUGUCUUGGGAAGGCAGACAAGAUAAAAUGUGCCAGAUGUUCGAAAUGUGUCUUCUAAAUUAUCGACUGGUUAUACUUGACGGUGCCUUUUUAGUCCAUACACCAGGUAUUAAACGAAAGAGAAUAAAAGUUGAUCUAGCGAGACAAGAAUUAUUGAGGCCUCACGAAAAAAAAAACGCUCAGAUCUAUCAACGCGUAAUCAAGCGCUUAUUGAAGCAAUAUCCCGUCAAUCGAAAAUGUGCACAUUGAUAUUAAACGAUGAUACAAAUAUCCAAUAUUGCUUCGAUGCAGGAUACGAAAUAGAUUUUUAACAACUAACGCUCUCUAAUCUAAGAUCGUUGCCCUGCUAUUUUAUUAAUGGCAUUAUUUUUACAAAACAUACAUCGAGCAUCAUCCAAUAUUUUCAUUCUCGAAAAUUUUAUAAUGCACGGUGAAUCAAUUGAGAACAUUCGCCUAUACAUAUUUACAUAUAAUUGCUUGCAUGUAGAAUAUAAGAAUAGUAUAAAUAUUAAUAAAUACGGCGCGUGAAUGAGAGUUGUACAACUGUUUUUACUAACUGAUCUGAAUAUGUAUACAAGAAACAGGUGCAUAUUAGAAUGUUAUCAGUUUAAUCUAAACAUAGAUAAAAA